CCAAAAACAGUCCAAAAAAUCUGGUCAGUUUUGCCGCUCUGGCAUUGAUUAAAAAAUGAACCAAUAGUUGUUUGUAAAACAUAAAAAGUGUAAAAUUAAUCAGUAAUAACUAACAUUUGAUUCGUGUUCAACUUAACUUGAUUACAACUUACACUACAAGUGUUUAAAAUCGCACCAACAAAAUCGCGAUAAACUGGCUAAUUUUUAGCUUACCUAUCUUUGAUUAGCAAACAAGAAACGCGUAAUGGUAGUCAACUAGUUAGCACAGCUUGAUUGAAUAAUUAUUAUCUUGCUAAAAAUUUCAAAUUUUGUUGAAAACUCGAAAAAAAAUCAAUUUAAAAAAUCUGAUAUGUCGUCAUUCAAAAUCGACGACAUUCUUUCGCCGCCGAACGGAUUUGCCCAGCACUUGCCCUUUCCAAUAAAAAACGAGCAUGAUAUCCCGACUGCAAACUCUCUCCUCGGGAUUUCAGGACUUUGCGAAAACAACAACAUAGUUUUUUCGAAACUACCACUUCAUAUGCAGCAGUUUCUUCUCGAAAGUGUGCUGAAAAACCAACAAUUUCGGCAAAAUGAACAUCUGCAAAUGCAACAACUGCAACAUAGUCUACCUGUUUCGAUCCUGAAUUCGGUCUUACAGCCGACAGUUCUAUUGGCCGAUAAUAAUAUCAGCAACAAUAAGAGCAACAAUAGCAGUUUAGCCGCCCUGAUCAAUACUGUGGAUAGUAUUGCAGCACACCCCCAACUGAGUGGUGGAAUUUCGAUCUCCCCCUCAGCUCACCAUAAUCACCAACAACAGCAGAAUAGUUUGACAGCCCAGCUCAACAGUGCGUUUGUGAAUCAACAACAACAGCAACAACAACAACAGCAACCUCCGUAUAAUUUCAGCAAAAUUAGCCCGAACUCGGGACUCGAUGUUCAUAAUCCCGAGUCACAACUGAGAUCCGAAGACAAUCACGCCGCCGCAUACCUGUUGAAACAUCUGCUGCAGACUCACGCCCUCCAAAACUCUCCAAGGACUUCAACCCCCCAGCAACAGCAACAGAUGAUUUCGCUCCCCCUGCAGCAACAAGACAGCCCCCAGAAUACCCUCCCGCAAUUCAUCUCGAGACCAGAGCUGUUCCGCAACGCAGCAGCAGCGGCGGCAUCGGCUGUCGCGACCGGCGGAACAGUCAUGGCGCAGAACAGUAACACGGCAGCGGAUGAUUUGCACCAGCAAAUGAUGACGUCUCCAGGAGGCGCAGGGUCCGCGGGAACCCUGGGAGUUGGAGUCGGAGCGGGAACCCUUGGGGUGGCAGCGGCGCAUAUGCAGAACGUGGCUUUGUGGCAGGGAGCUUUGAUGCGCGCAAGUUUGGCUCGGCGGAAAAGAAGGCAUCGAACUAUUUUUUCCGAGGAGCAGCUGAAAGAGUUAGAAGAGGCAUUUCUGAAGUGUCACUAUCCAGAUGUGGUCACGCGGGAGGGUGUCGCUCAAAAACUGUCACUCAAGGAGGAGAGAGUUGAGGUCUGGUUCAAAAACAGGCGUGCUAAGUGGAGAAAACAGAAAAAGGACGCGGCCGAGAUCCGAAAACACAACAAGACAGCUAUGCUAAAAAUGAAGGGCAAAGAAACCCAACAGCAUCAACCAACAACAAUAGUAAACACCGACCAACCGAAUAACAUGUUCGAAAAGACAUCACCGAAUUCAAACCCUUGAAGCUAAUUUGACUAUGAUUCAAAUUCAGUUGACCUGAAAAAACUACGAGUUUUUUUUGAUUUAAAUUAAUGGAUUCUUUUCUACACAAACUGAGUGCAAUUAAAUUGUAGAUAAUUAUUAUU